UUCAUCGGUUGGUACAACAGACUUUACAUCAACUUUGUGCUAAGUAGGCAUAUUUUCUUCUUCACACUGCAAAGCUAUUUCCCAGCUAUGUUGAUGGUAAUCCUCUCAUAGGUUUCAUUUUGGAUUGACCAAAGAGCUGUUCCAACAAGAAUUUCUCCAGGAAUCACUACAGGGCUGACCAUGUCCACGAUCAUCACUGAUACAAGAGCCUCCACGCAUCCGGUAUGGUACAUCAGUAUUGAUGGGCACCUAUGGGUCAACUGCAUCUUUGUGUUCCUGUCAGCCAUUGAGUAUGCAACUGUGAACUACCUCACUACACUGGAAAAGUGGAAACAAUUCAAAAGAACAGAGAAGGUUUUUAAAAAAUUUUUCUGAAAUAUUCCAUAUCAAUGCAGUUUUCAAGACAUGGCCUUUAAUGGUUGUUACCAUCAUGAAUAUGAUAUUGAUGAUAUUCUCUUUUCUCUGCACUCUGGAGAGAUCUCUAUUUGAGGAAGAUCCACAGGCAAGCCCAGUACAGACUUCCACCAGAUUUAAAGAAGAAAAUCCCUAGGAGGACAUGUUGGUAGAAUCAUUCUAGAGAACCACCAUGUCAUUGAUACCUAUUCAAGGAUUUUAUUUCUCUUUGUGUAUAUUAUAUUUCAUUUGUUUUACUGAGGUAUCUAUGUAUGA